AUGUAUCACUCCCUACAUAGUACGGGGUCAUCAAAACCAAUGUAUGUUGGAAGUUGGUCCAAUGCUCUACCCUCUUACUUCAACGUGAGUGCAUUGAGUCGGGAUAUCUAUCUAUCUAUCUAUCUAUCUAUCUAUCUAUCUAUCUAUCCUUAUUUCUUCAUUAUCCAUAUAUAUGUAUGUAUGCAUCUAUAUUUCAUUGAUAUUCUGUUCAUAUCUAUCUAUCUAUCUAUCUAUCUAUCUAUCUAUCUAUCUAUCUAUCUAUCUAUCUAUCUUUGCCUAUUCGUAUCUAUCUAUCUAUCUAUCCUUGCCUAUUCGUAUCUUAUCCUUGCCUGUUCUUAUCUAUCUAUCUAUCUAUCUAUCUAUCUAUCUAUCUAUCUAUCUAUCUAUCCUUAUUUCUUCAUUAUCCAUAUAUAUGUAUGUAUGCAUCUAUAUUUCAUUGAUAUUCUGUUCAUAUCUAUGUAUGUAUGCAUGCCAUCAUCAUCAUCAUCAUCAUCAUCUUCAGCUAUCUAUCUAUCUAUCUAUCUAUCUAUCGAUGUUUACUUCUUUCUUUCUUUCUUUCUUUCUUUCUUUCUUUCUUUCUUUCUUUCUUUCUUCGCUUUUCUUUCUAUCUUUCACUUCCUCUACUUUCCUUUUUUUUUUUCUUGGUUUCAAGUUUUCAAUUGA